AUGCGGCGCGCGGAAGGCCAGGCCGCUCGGAGGUUCGAGACCGGCGGCGUGGAGCGGCACCCAGAGGAGGACCAGGAAGUGGGCGGGGGAGCGGGUCGGAAGAGAAGGGGCGGGGCUGUGGCGAAUAGCUGGGGAGGAGCUGGGGGAGGGGCAGGGCGGAGGUGGGAGGAACGGGGGGAGGAGUAUUUGGGGCGGAAGUGUGGGAAAGAGCUGGGUGAGGAGGAGCUUCUGGCGAAGGAGGCAGAACUGAGGAGGAGUGGGGCCGAGCUGGGGAAAAAGCCGGGCAGGCACAGCUGUAACGUCCCCUUCUCCGCCCGCCGCGAGCGUCAGGAGCUCCCGUCUGGGGUUCUGGCAGCGCCCUGUGCCUUCCUGCUGCCUGCCUUCGCUGGGCUCUUCUUCCCGGGCUGGAGCUGCUCUCCAGGAGUCCCGGGAAGACAAGGACAAGCUCUUACUCGUUCCUACGGUUAUAUCGCCUUUGGCUGGGGGCGGGAGAUGCUCGUCUCCAGGUCUGCGGCACUCCUGAGCUCUUGGGUCUACGUGCUCUUCAGCGUCCUCAGUCUCUGGGCAACGACCCGGGCCCCAGGCCCUCCGCAGCUGGAGGGGGCCUUCCCGACAUCAGGCCGUGGCCCACCCCUGGUUUCUGGCCGCUCAGUGGCGCCCCACGACCUCUGCUGCGGUCCCUGGGCGGCGGGGGAGGGCAGGGGCUCGUCCCUUUCCUCCCUCACCUGGCCUGGCGCGCCCGGCCUGUGUUGUGAGGUGACUUCGCUCUGCUUGGGGGCCUGGCAGUGGGCUGACCACCUCUCCCCAUUUUUCCUGCACUCUCCUGCUUGUAGCGCUUCAGGUCCCACAGCAAAUCGGGGCGGCUGGCUACCCUGUCUCCUGGGACGGAGGGCACCUGUGGGGAAGGACACGGGUCAUGUUUGCUCCCUCAGGGGAUGCAGGUUUGCCCAGGUGGGCUUCCGAUGCUGGCGGGACGGGCGUGCCUUGGUUGAACAUUCAGCGUCUUUGAGGUUCAGCCACUUCUGUCGAAUCCUGGGUUGGACGAUUGUCCGCUGCCUGAGAUGGGGGCUCCUUUGUAAGUUUCUGCCAGCCCGUCGGGGAGCUGCAGAGCACGGACGGGCAUUAGAGGUCCCCGCAGUGGGCCCCCGUGGUCAGGCCCUCGCAGCGCCCGAGGCCUUGCGAUCCACAUCGACUGACCGGGAGAACCAACACCCAGAAGUGGUGCCCGAGGGGUGGCUGCGUGCGCGCACGGGGCGCCAGCUGCCUUUGCCCGGGCAGCACCUUGCUCUGCCCUGCGGCCGGCCUGGUGGGAGGUGCUUUGGCUUCUUGUGCAUCAGACGACCGCUGGGUUGGGCAGGGGACGUGCUUCCAGGGCGUUGGCUGACUGGCCAUCUGUCAGCGUCAUCGGUGUCAGCGCAGCUUGAUGGGAGAGGGCAGAUCUGGGUACCAGGCGUCAGAAGGCAAAGCCCAUUUAAGUCCGCAGACGUCCGUCCUGUGAGAGGGUCCUGGACUGUGCAGGGACACAGGUGUCCACUCGCCCUUGGGUUACUCAGGGCUGGUGGGGGAGGGGCAUCUUCCAGGCAGACCUGUAAAGCACAGAGUCUGAACCGAGGCGGAAGGAGGGCAACGUGAAGAGCGGGGAAGCCCUGACUCAGAGCCAGGGGCUGCGGAGGGCUUCAGGGAGGAGGGCCGUCUGGGCUGGGUCUUGAAGUGAGAAGGGUCUCCUUAGCUGGGAGAUGGGGGACGGGCCCCCUGGAAGGGCCAGACACGUUCAGGGGACUGAGUCCAGGUGCUUGUGGAGCCAGUUCAUGGGAGAGGAAGCUGGGAAACCAGACUGGGUUCAACUCGGAGGCCACCCUAAGGAGUCAGGCCUGUGCGCUGCGUACAGUAGAUCAAUGCCCUCACUUGCGCUUUUAAAGGCAAACCACUGUUUCUCUCCCUGAGAAGAAUUCAUCGAUUCACUUAUUUGGUUAGUCGGUGAUCUGACAAACCUCUGUGUGCCUCCCAGGCCAGGCAGCAGUUAGAGAAGAGCGGCACGCGGGUGAGUAAGGUGUCGCUCCGCGUGCAGGUGCUUGUCCUUGCCGAUCUGUACACGUGCGCCUUUCUCUGCAGGCGGCCUCCUUUUCCUGGCUUGUGAUGAGGUUUCCAAUUCUUGUUCCUGACUUCAGAAAGAAGAUUAGAGAGACGCCGAGAUGUUGGGUGCCUCUAGUGAGAUAAUGAACGCGAAAAUGAUCUUUUGUCUGUCAAGUGGAGUCCACGUGAAAAAAAUGAUGCUCAUCCUGGGGGCUUCCCUGGUGGCGCAGUGGCUGGGAGUCCGCCUGCCGAUGCAGGGGACGCGGGUUCGUGCCCUGGUCCGCCGGGAAGAUCCCACAUGCCGCGGAGCGGCUGGGCCCGUGAGCCAUGGCCGCUGAGCCUGCGCGUCCGGAGCCUGCGCGUCCGGAGCCUGUGCUCCGCAACGGGAGAGGCCACAGCAGUGAGAGGCCCGCGUACCGCAAAAACAAAACAAACAAAAAUGGUGGUCACCCUACCAUUUGCUAUCUUUCCUUUGAGUUUGCCGAGAGAAGGGAACUAAAUCUAAAAGAGUGAAUCCAUCUGUCCUGAUUCUCCAACUGCCUUGCCUUCUUGUUUUGGGGAUUCAGAAUCUGGACGUCAUGGCCCAGUCACUGAAUUGGGAAUUUCUAAGUCCCUUGGAGUCCAAAAGAAAGACCAUUCUAGAUGUCAGACUGCCAUCCAGGGCUGUGCAGCAACUGAGUGAUGAGAAAAUACCCCACUAUGCGAUCCUGGCGUGCGCUAAUAUUGAGGGUGAGAGAACAUGCUUAAAUCGUCUUACCAAUUUGACAGGAAUGAUUUCAAAUCUGGCACACUGUGGCCUCACUCCUCGCCAGUGUGCCCCUGGAAGAGCAAGCCCAUGCUACAUGAGUCCCUGCCACUCUCCUGAAUAAGCUUCCAGGCAUUACCUACAUGUUGUGUUCCUGUGGAGGGAUGGCAGUAAUCUCAGCUAAGAUAAACCGGAGCUUCUGUGGAUAAAGCGUAAAGGCAGUGAAGUGUGUGCUGUAAGAUUUAACGCCUCUACAGUGCUUAGAUGCAAGUUGAGCUUGGAAUUCCAGAGGUAGAGCAUUGCUGAUUGGAGGCAUAUUAAGAGAAAAGUACUGUGGAAAUGAGAUAAAACUUUUAUUCUUGCUAUUGACUGUUGUCUUCGUAUGUGUACAGAUUCACAAGAGGAUCUUAUUCACAUCUUUAUUGUGAGAAUUUGGUGGAUUUCCUGAAAUUUGGGGGGUGCCCCUGUGCCUUCAGUCCUCAGAAGUUUCUCACUCUUACAGUAGUCCACAUUCUUCCUCCAGCAAUUUGUCAAAAUUACCAGUUUUGGUGUUCCUACCAGUUUAUAUUCCAGAGCCUUCUUUUCCAGUAGCUUUACAGUGGAGAAAACUGGAAGAAAUCUCCUUAACCAAGUCAUCAAGGCUGACAUCACCAGUAUGUCAUAUUGAUACCAUGUACUUCCUGAUACUAUGUGAUGAGAAAGGUACUUCACUUCUGUGCUAUCCUUUCCCAAGAUACAUAAUCCCAAUUUAAUCAUGAGAAAACAUCAGACAAACCCAAACUGGGGGACAUUCUACAAAGUACGUGACGAUCUUUAAAAUUGUGAAGGUCGUGAAACACAAGGAAACAUUGAGAAAUUGCCAUAAAUUGGAGGCAACUAGGAAGAUAGGAUGACUAAAUGCAGCAUAAUAUUCUGGAUUCAAUCCUGGAACAGAAAAAGGACAUUAGUGGAAAGAUUUGUGAGGCACAUUAUACAAAAUAACUGCUCAGUGCUCUUCAAGAUCAUGAAAGAUGUGGAAGGACUGAUAAACUGUCAUACGUUGGAGGAAACUAAAGAGAUAUGACAACUAAAUGCAACAUGGUAUCCUGAAUUUGAUCCUGGAACAGAAAGUGGACAUUACUGGAAAAAUUAGUGAAAUCCAAAUAAAAUUUAUAGUUUAGUUAAUAGUAUUGUACCUAGGUUAAUUUCUUAGUUUUGAUAACUGCACUAUGGUUAUGUAAAAUUUUGAUGUGAGAAAUGCUAAAUGAAAUGUGUGUGGCAGCUGUCUGUGCUGUUUUUACAACUUUUCUGUAAUUUUAAAAUUAUUUCAAGAUCAACUUAAAAGCUAACACCCCCCCUCCCCCCCAGAGAUUCUAAUGUGUAGUCAGGGCUGAGAACUGCUGCUAUCUCAUCCAUUAGGUCCUGCCUCAUGGGUUUCCACUGUGUUCUCCUACUCUCCUCCAUCAAAAUUGCCCUGCUCUGGAGGGAUUUGUUCUCAACUGGCUGCUGGUCUAAAUAGAAUGAGGGAAAAAUAUUUCUACCACUAUCCCAGUGGGAAACUCAUUUCAAAGUUACUAGUAUGGGUACUAUCCCAUCUGCUCUAGCCAGGUGCCAUUGUAUAGUAAGAAUUUCCACCUGAGAGAUUCAUUCCUUUGUGUAAAGCAUCAUUACAUCAUCAUUUUUCAAGCAGCGCUUAUGGAUACUGGAACAUAAAUUCAAUAAGAAUUAUGAGUCAUGUGAAUUGGUAUAUCAGGGCAUUUUCUACAACACCACAAAACACUGGGCAUCUGUGGAGGAGAGAGCUAAAUUUGUCUAGAGUUCGCCACAAUCCAUUUUAACUCUCUAAACAGAGAAGGCCAGUCCUUGGUGGGAGGCAGGAGGCUGGCACUGUGGGUAGUUAGAGCCAGGUAAUUCAAGACAGCACUCAGAGCGUGAUUCUCAGGUCUUAGAGAACUGCCUAAGGUAGAGAGAUGGUCGACAUCUUGGAUAGCGAACUCCUGUUGCUAUGACAGCUUCCGGGAGCACACUUGUCUCAUCGGAGUCUGGGGCUUAUUCAGUUGGCUCCGCCCUCUCCUGGAGUGCUCUGUUUCUUAAAAGGGACUUGCCCUUUAUUUUGCUAGGAUUAGUCAUUAUGGGUUGGUGAAUUGCCCUUUCCCCGCCUCCACCCCAGCUUUUCAUCUGCACCCUAGAAGGGAGGCUUGUGUCUUUGGGCCUGCUGAGAGUCCUCCAAGAGAGCUGAGCUGAGAGAAAAUUAAGAACAGCUGGGGGUAGACACAAUGACAUCAUGUGCCUCUAGCAUAAAAAGCAGCUCACAAACUCUGAUUCAAGGAGAGAAAAAUAAUGGGAACUGGAGAAAGGGGCUGAGACUUGGGAACUAUGCAAAGGCUGAUUACCGGGGAAGACAAGAGAGAUUAAGCUGGGAGCACAAGAGCUAGCUGAGCUAUUGGAACUCUUAGUAAGGACCUAUUAAUCUAGUAUUUAGCACUUGGAGUCUAUAGAUUUAGCAGCUAAAACUAAAUGGGAACAGAUUGGUGAAAGCUGUGAAAAUGCCCUGAGGUAGUCUAUAGCUAGGAUUAAUAAAGGAAAUGGUUAGAAACUGAGCUUUAUUGCAGAGUAACUUGCAAAUUGGACUCUUUGCAUAUACUUUCCUCUUUUCUCAAUUAUUCUAUAGGAAGUUGCAUGGUUUACACAUAAAAGUAAAUUUAUUGGUGUGCAUGUAUCUUUUCAAAUUAGUGUUUUUGUUUUGUUCGAAUAAAUACCCAGGAGUGGAA